AUGGCCGAUAGCGAGGCGCCGCAGCGGCGGCCGUUCGGCCGCACGGGCGGGCGGCCCGGGCGCGCGAGCUUCGAGCGGGCGCGGCCGCCGUCGGCGGGCGAGAGCGGCUCUAUCCGCCCGGACGCGAGCGCUGACCUCCGCCGCGCCCCCCCUCCGGGGUCCCACCGCGCGCGCAUCGCGGCGCUGCGCGCAGCGAAGCAGCACGGCGCAGGGAAGACCACCGCGCCAGGCACCAAGCCGGGUCUCCACGGCCAGACGCUCGUGUCGACCGGGCACGCGGAUAUCGACGGAAUCCUCGGCGGCGGGCUCCCGAUCGGAUCUGUUCUGCUUGUCAUAGAGGACGGAGCGUCGCCGCACCACGUGCACAUCAUGCGGCAAUUCCUCGCGGAGGGCGCGUCGCACGGGCACCGCUUGCUCUGGGCCGCGCCGGACGCCGGGCAGAGCUUGCCCGCGACCACGGCGGCGGCGGCGGCGGCGGCGCAGCCCGAGAGCGGCGCGAGGGCGGCUGCGCGGCCGCCCGGCGAGGACGCGGCGGCCAGGGGCGACGACGCGGGCGCCGAGGGCGAGGGGCACUCGCUGAAGAUCGCGUGGCAGUACCGGCGGUACAUGCGGCGGUCGGAGCGGAGCCGGGAGGCGGAGCUGAUGGCGGCGGGAGGCGAAGCCGCCCUGCGGGCCCGUGCGGCAGCAGCACGCGCUAGCACAGGGGGCGGCCCCGGCGGCGGCGGGAGGCUCGCGGCGCGCAGCGGCGCGACGAAGGUGUGGUGCAACAAGUGGGACCUGUCGGCGGCGAUGCCGCCGUCGUACCUCACGGAGCACGGCACGAGCCUGGUGCAGGUGCAGUGCCGGAGCCUCGGCAACCUCCGCGCGCUGCAGAAGGCGCUGGCGCAGUUCGCGCAAGGCGUGUGGCGCACGGCCAAGACCUGGGAGGCCGACCACGGCGGCAAGCCGUCCGCGGUGGCGCCCGUUCCCGCGCGGGCGGUCGGGCGGAUCGCGCUGGAGUCGCUGGCGGGCCUCGACUGGCAGGUGCUCCGCGGCGGGCCGCAGCAGGCGAGCGCGCAGGUGCUCCGCGUGCUCUGGGUUCUGCGCCAGAUCGUCACCGAGAACGCCGCGCCAGGGAACGGCGCGGGCCUCGCAGCGAUCGUCUCGCUGCCCAUCGGCGUCCUCAGCGACUCCACGCUCGCGCACGCGAUGCACAUGUGCCACGGCGUCGUGCGGCUGCAGGCCAUCAGCGAAAGCUCGCAGGUCGUGCGCCUCGCGCCCGACGCCGGCGCCGUCGCGGGCCUCCUGCACCUAGACAAGAGCCCCUCGCCGUGGACGCUCGUCGGCAUGCCGCCUGCGGCGGAGCUGCACCUGGUGCGCAGCCGGCGACGCGGCAUCACCGUGCAGGCCGUGGAGACGGACCCCGACGCAGAGGCGCGCGCGGGGGGCGCCGGGCUCGCGGAGGACGCGCGGGCGGGGGAGGGGAAGCCGGGCGGCGGCGCUGCGGCGUACCGCGCCGCCAGCAGCGACUUCUAG